AUGCUGUUUGUCUACAGUUUAUAUGGCCUAUCUGCACUGUGUGCACUUCUAUAUUUUUACACCAGGACAAAGGUUGGCAGUUCAGAGGAUGCUCAAUUUAUUAGCUUUCAACGUUCCUACCUGACAGUUUAUCUUCUUGCAGCCGCUGGUGACUGGUUACAAGGGCCUCACGUUUAUGCCUUAUAUGAGGCAUAUGGUAUGACAAAACAUGAGAUUGAACUACUGUUUGUUGCCGGUUUUGGUUCAAGCCUUCUCUUCGGAACAGUUGUUGGCUCUAUUGCUGAUAAAUAUGGUCGUAAAACCAAUUGCUUCUUCUACGGUGUUCUCUACGCUGGUGCCUGUAUCACAAAGCAUUUUGGCAAUUUUUGGAUUUUGAUGAUUGGUAGACUUCUAGGCGGAACUGCUACCUCGAUCUUAUUCAGUGCUUUUGAGUCCUGGUUGGUAUACGAGCAUAAUAAACGAAACUUUCCUGACCCAUUGUUGGCUACAAUAUUUUCGCACGCAACUCUCGGUAACUCUUUGGUUGCUAUUAUUUCCGGUGUAGUUGCUCAGCAAGCUGCUAAUUAUUUUGGAUAUGUAGCUCCAUUUGAUGUCUCGCUCUCAGUUCUUGUCGUGAUGACUGUAGUUUUGAUCUUCACAUGGCCUGAGAAUUAUGGUGACAAAAAAGCCGACGUUAUACAGCACUUUGUUGACGCAUUCAAAGCUGCCAAAAAUGACGGUAAAGUGAUAUGUUUGGGGAUCAUACAAAGUCUGUUCGAAGGAUCAAUGUACGUAUUUGUAUUAGAAUGGACGCCAGCUUUAACACUUGCAAGUAGGACAGCCAUUCCUCAUGGAUACAUCUUUGCCACAUUUAUGGUGGCUUGCAUGAUGGGUUCAUCAUUGUUUAAAAUGCUCAGCAAAACUCACCGGCCAGAAUCAUUCAUGCGGUACGUAUUGUUCCUCGCAUCUUGCUGUCUUGGCGUACCCAUAUUGAUCCCAACUUCAGCACCAGCAGUUUUCGCAGCUUUUGUUAUAUUUGAAGUAUGUGUUGGUAUUUUUUGGCCCGCUAUGGGCUACAUGAGGGGGAUCUACAUCCCUGAGCAAACCCGUGCAACAAUAAUGAACUUCUGCCGCGUACCGCUAAAUGCAAUUGUGAUCUCUAUUUUGCUGCUCAAUCUUCCUAUGGAGGUGAUCUUCCAGUCUUGUGUAACAUUCCUGCUUCUCGCAACGAUUGCACAACAGUAUCUAUUCAGGUAA